AUGUCCAUGGCUGUGGGUCCCUAUGGACAAUCCCAGCCAAGCUGUUUCAAUCAUGUGAAGAUGGGCUUUGUGAUGGGCUGCGCCCUAGGCAUGGCAGCUGGGGUACUUUCUGGCACCUUUUCCUGUCUCAGGAUCGGAAUGUGGGGUCUCAAGCUGAUGGGCAGGAUUUGGAAAACCAUGAUGCAGAGUGGUGGCACAUUUGGCACAUUCAUGGCAUUUGGAAUGGGGGUCCAUUGCUAA